UCUGGGAUGUAAACAGACUGGACAUGUGCACGGUCACCCAGUCAGCUGAUUAGCGAAAUGUUGUGUUUACUUGCCCGGCGUUUGGUUAGAUCGCGGAUAGGUAUUUCGAAGGGGUUUACGCCCUCAAGAUGUACGGAUCCGCUACAAAUAUUUCCUGUUCGACAUCACGGUGAAUAUGAAUGGCAAGAUCCAAAGAGUGAAGAUGAAGUAGUGAACAUCACAUUUGUAGACAAAGACGGUAAACGAAUCCCAGUCCGAGGGAAAAUUGGUGAUAAUGUUUUAUACUUAGCCCACCGAUUUGGGGUUGAUAUGGAAGGUGCCUGUGAAGCAUCCCUUGCUUGUACUACUUGUCAUGUAUAUGUGAAAGAUGGGUAUCAAGAUAAAAUCCCGGAAGCUGAUGAAAAAGAAGAGGAUUUAUUAGAUAUGGCGCCUUUUUUAAGGGAGAAUUCCCGUUUGGGAUGCCAAAUUAUCUUAACAAAGGAACUAGAAGGCUUAGAGUUGGAGUUGCCCAAGGCCACGAGAAACUUUUAUGUGGAUGGUCAUAAGCCAAAACCACAUUAGCAUUAAAAUAGAUGCUAGUUCUUGUUUUUUCAUUUAGUUACUAGUUCCUUGUUAUUCUAUAGAGUAAUUAAGUAGGAAAAACUCCUGUUUUUAUUGGAUAUAAAAUUUGUAUUUGCAGUUUAAAUCGAAUUUCUUUCUUAAAUUGAAGGCAAGAAGGAUUUUGUUUGCUUUUCCCAUUCACUAGUUAUCGAAAUACCAGUGCAAGCAGUAAAAUUCUUUUCCCUUCAAUUGAAGAAACAUCUCAUUAAAUCUCAUAAACAAAUUAGAAAUAAUACGUAAACAAUCAAGUGGAAGUGUAAAGUUGUAAAUAUGAAUAAAGUAUACUUUGAGAGAGAA